CAAAAGAAUCACACUUUCGUCCCAUUGCCUCCCCUCGAGCUCCUCCAACUACAUAUAUCAGGACCGUCUUCUAAUCGUGUGGAUUUGGUCUUCUUCUCGGAUGGCUAUCUUCAGGAGGAAAAAGAUAAAUUCAUUCAGGAUGCUAUGCGUCUGGUGGACGACAUUUCCAAGAAUCAGACCUUCCAUACCGUAAAGCCUUUGCUCAAUUUCUGGGCCGCUUUUUCUCCCAGCAAAGAGACUCGGUUUGUCAGUACACCAUUUGGGCUUUACAGAGACGGAACCGAGCUCCGUGGGGUGUAUUACGAUAAACCGGAAGUAGCCAAAGCUACAUGUGAAUCUUUGGCAAGUAAAUGCGAUUAUCCCAUUCUUUUAGGCAAUGAUCAUUUGUAUGGAGGACUGGGCGGGGAGUUCACAGUGGUGACCUCCUCCUUCCUUAAUGGUCCUCUGGUACUUCGACUUGAACUAGGGCACUCCAUCAUUGAUGUUGGCGAGGAGUACGACGGCGGGUUUGCCUAUUUUGGCAUGAACGCAGCGGAAGAUCUCUCCAAGCCCCUUCCUUGGGAACACUGGCUAACCAACCCCUCGCCCAUCCCGGAGAAUCUCAGAAAGCAGACGCGUCGCGUUGAACGUUCCGUCAUGCCCAUGCAAGCAUACCCUUGGACAAUGCUCAACUCAAGCUCACCCUGGUCUAUUACGUUCCCAUCAUCUGGCAUGUACUCGAGCCACCUCGUCAGAUUCUCCUUAUCAGGACUUCCUGAAAAGUCGGAUUUGAAGGUCGAGAUUGACGGUGUGGAUCUAGGAUGGGUGCCUGAGCCGAACAUUGGUGUUGACCGCUGGCAUUAUGAUAUCCAUCGGUCUGGGGGUUUACGUCUCGGAGAGCACGAGAUCAAAUUCACUCUAUUGGAAGGGAGCAGAGAGGGGAUUGCUCAGCUUUGUAGCGUUGAGGUUUUGGAGUUUGGAGACGAAGACGAAUUCAACAACCAGCCAGGUUACUACGGGAUCUUCCCAACAUUCUCGGACCUCAACGAGACAAGCUACCGCCCAACGAAUGAAGAUUGCCUAAUGCGCGUCGUCACAUCGCCCCAUUUUUGCAAAGUCUGCAUGGAGGGCCUUUGGCUCUCCUUAUUGGGUCACAUUGACCUCAUUAACGACAUAGGAAUAGGACAAUGCGAACAGCAGAGUUCCGGAUCCUGGACGCGAGUGGUCGACCUCCAACUAUUGCCUCUGGCACAAUUUCGGACGGAAAGCAUCACUUCCAAGGAAAGCUAUAUUGUCAAAUGGAAGAAAGAUGGCAGGACCAUACGGGAGUUUACGAAUCAGACGAAGUUGGAGGUUGAUGGUGGUGACGCUGUUGGGAGAUGGACGGUUAUGAUCAAGUUUGCGACGGAAGAGGUUAGGGUGGAUGAUGCACGUUUGUAUUCAAGAGCACAGUUUACGAUUGGAAAGUGCGGCAGCUGA